GUCACAUUGUGAGAGAGACAAAACCCGGGCGCGCCGGAGCUCACACGCGCACGCACACACAGACGACCCCGGCGCCUCUUCUCUCCAGCGCUGCCGAGAAGCCAGUCCUCCCUUCCUUUCCUGGGGCGCGGAGGCUCCGCCAGUCAGAGCGCAGCCCAGAGCCGACCCAGAAAGCGAAGAGAACCGGCGGACAAGCCUUCUUUCUCCUCUGCUGGCCCGGGCUGAGGCGCCCCAUCCCCCGCCCUGAACCCCUGUCUUUCGCACUCCACCCUUCUCGGUUUCACACGGACAGGGACCGAGCCCGGUGUGCCCCCUUUUGGAAUCCACGUUUCAGCACUUCGGACAGCGCCCGAGAACCCCGGGCCCUUUGGGUUGGCUAUGGCGAGCGUUCAGCAAGGAGAGAAACAGCUUUUUGAGAAGUUCUGGCGAGGAACCUUUAAAGCUGUGGCCACCCCGCGUCCAGAGAGCAUCAUUGUCGCCAGUAUCACGGCCCGCAAGCCGCUGCCAAGGACAGAACCCCAGAGCAGCCCCAUGGUCCCAGCUCAGGAUGGACCCUCGGAAAAGCUGAGCCAGCAUUUGGCCUCCAAGGUCUUGGGCACCAACAGCUGGGACAGAGGCAAAGCCUGCCGGGAGCCCAGUCCUGCCACAGCACGCAGUGCCUCCCGCAGCAAAGACUUGACGCCUCUACCUUCCUCCAGGGGGAAGAAAAAAAAGAAGAAAGCUACCCGGAAGAAGAGAAGGAGGUCCCCAUCUUAUAGCCCAUCACCUGUCAAGAAGAAGAAGAAGAAAAGUUCCAAGAAACAUAAGCGACACAGGUCAUUCUCCAAGAAGAGAAGGCACAGCUCCUCCAGCCCAAAAAGCAAAAGAAAGGAAGAGAAGAGGCACAAAAAACAAUCACGAAGCCGGCCCCGAAAAUCUCGCCGCCACCGCCAUCACCACUGCCCCUCACGGUCCCAGAGCUCAGAGUCCCGCUCCUCAAGCUGCGACAGCAGGCACCGUGGCCGGUCCCCCGAGGGAGGGCAGAAGUCCCGUCGAAGGCACUCUCGCCGCUGCUCCAAGACCCUCUGCAAGGCCAGUCCAGAGGCCCGGUCCAGCCCCCAACCCAGCCAGCCCCUCCAGAUGCUCAGCUUCCUGUCAGCCAGGGGUGUAAUCACUGGGUCGGGGUCUGCUGCUGACCUCUUUACCAAAACAGCCAGCCCGCUCACCACCUCCCGAGGACGCUCCCAGGAGUAUGACUCAGGCAAUGACACCUCCUCGCCACCCUCCACGCAAAUCAGUUCAACCAGGUCUCGGGGUCAAGAGAAGGGGAGCCCCAGUGGGGGCCUAAGCAAGAGCCGGGACCCCAACAGUGGAAACACCUCUGAUUCAGGGAACUCCUUCACCACUUCCUCACCCCAGAACAAGGGGGCCACUUUGGAGAACCUCUCCCCCACCAGCAGGGGCAGAGAGUCAAGAGGAUUUCAGUCACCAUGUCAGGAAUGCACCGAGGUGAAGAAGUCCAAUUUGGUCCCAUCCACAGCCCGGAGCUCCCCCAUGAGAGGGUGCUCCCGAAGCUCCUCCUACGCCAGCACACGCUCCUCCAGCCACUCCUCCCGAUCCCCAAACCCCAGAGCCUCCCCCAGGUACACCAGGAGCCGAUCCACCUCCUCUGGGAAAAGGUCCUCCUCGCGCUCUGCCAGCUAUUCCUCCAAGUCUGGCAAGAGAAGCCCGCCUAGCAGAAGCUCUAGGUCGCGCCGCAGCCCAAGCUACUCCCGCUACAGUCCCAGCAGGGAGCGGAACCCCAAGUACAGCGAGAAGGAUUCGCAGCAACGCGAGCGCGAGCGAGCUCGGCGGAGACGUCGGUCCUACUCGCCCAUGAGGAAGCGCCGGAGAGACUCCCCGAGCCACCUGGAGGCGCGGAGGAUAACGAGUGCCCGGAAACGCCCCAUCCCCUACUACCGGCCCAGCCCCUCUUCGUCCAGCGGCCUCAGCAGCACCUCCUCCUGGUACAGCAGCAGCAGCAGCCGCUCAGCCAGUCGAAGCUACUCCCGGAGCCGCAGCCGCAGCCGCAGCCGGAGCAGGACCCUCACUAGCAGCAGCUGCAGCUCCCGCAGCCCCAGCCUGGGCUCCCGGAGCCGGAGCCGGAGCCGGAGCCGGAGUGGGAGCUACAGCUCGGCAGACAGCUACUCCAGCACGAGGCGCUAGGCCAGGGCCCUCCCGUGAGCCCACUGCCCGUGGGGCCCCUUUCACUCUGGCAGUCUCCCCCACUCCCCGCCCACCCUGCCUUCUCCUUGGUGACAGACAGCACUGAGGGCUCCUAGGCCCUGUCCUCCCUGCUCUCCUGGGGAGGAGGAGAGGAGGGCUUGGGAGCUGCUGGGAGCUUCCACCACACCCUCUGGGGCUCAGCUCAGGCCUGAGCAUAUGGAGAAGACUACCUUCUUUUGGCGCAGAAAAGCCUCAACGGUUUGUAAGGCGCAGUGAGUCCAUGACUAAGAAGUUUGGGUCUGGCCAGGAAAAUGUAGAGAGAGUUCUGCUAGCCCACUGCUGCCAGGCUGCAUACCGAAGACCAGUGGUAUUUAUCACAGCUGCCCUCCUUCUCCUCUCAUCCAGUCUCGUGGCUCCGCGUGUAUGGAUCCCCAUGAGUCCCAUGGGUGAGGAGUGGGUAUUAGAAGAGAGCGGGGCGGUCCAGGUCCAAGAGAGGGGUCAGGAGUUUUAGCUCCCCACAUAGGUCAGAGCAAGUGCUGAAAGGCUACUGGGUCCUAGAAAGGGGGACACGUGACUAGGGGACAUGGACAUUUCACUUGGUAGUAGCUGUCAGGAGAUAGGAGAUGGACUCUCUGGUCAUGAGUAUAGAAGCAAGAAGGAGGGGGGAAUAAGUCCACUGCUCCCAGUAGCUCCUUGUGGUCAGGAAGAGGAGCCCAGUAGUUUCUAGCCAUGGAGAGGCCGCCAGGCCAUGUACACAAAACGCCUCUUGGUGGUUCACAGGGACCCUACGACCUCUGAGAAAGGACACAAUGGACAGUCAGGACAGCUUGGUCUGCAACCUCACUUCCCAAGUUUGCCUCGGCCCCAGUAGCUGGCAACAACUUAAUUCCACGGGACCAUCUGCUGAACAUUCCCCAGUGCCGUGGCCAGCUGCCAGCCCCCAGCGCCAGCCAGUCUGGCCUUACCCUCCAGUUGGCGCCUGCCUGCCCCCUCCCACUGCCCAGACUGCCGCACCCUGGGUCCUGCCCACUGCAUCCAAGCGCCCACUCACCCACCUACCCACCCUCAGCCUAAGUCAGCCACUUUGCCCCUCAGGAAUUUUGCCAGGAUGGGGCAUAGCAGCCCAGGUUUGGGGGAAAGAUCCAAAUCCAGAGAGUCUAGGGGAAAGGAGGUUGGAUGCUCCGAAGCUCCUGCUGGUUUCCAGAGUUCUUAGCAGGUUGGGAAAAGCCCCACCCUCAUUUCUGCCCUCACCCCACUCCCCCCAACGCCCCGCCACCCCUGCCCGGGGCUGGGCAGUGAAGGUAAGCUGAUCUCCAACACACAAACACCACCAGCUGCUUCACCCACGGAGGGCGCUAAGAACAGGGGCAUGAGGGAGAAGAUCCUUAAAAUAAACUCUGGGGCAUCCCCCUCACCAGCUGACUGGCUUUCCGGA